AUGCACCGAGGCAUAACUAAGACGAGGUGUGGUGGCGUGGGGACCAAGAGGGACUGCGUGGUGUGGGACGCGUCACUCACGCCUACAAUGCACUCCACAUCCGGGAACUUUCACUCCCGCUCAGAUCUGAAACCUCCAGGGAGCGGGAAGGAAAGGAAAGAGGGAGGUGCGGUGGAGCUUGAGUGUUAUGCUAUGAACGAGAGGUUGGCUCACUCUGGCUUCACUUCAACGCUGUCGCCACGUGAUGUAAACAGUGACCGCUCGCUGGCAACACUGGUGCGGCCGAGAGUGAAAGUCGUUGACUCGCGGCAAAACAUCCCACCCUCACGCUGCCUCUUGCUUCCUCGCUCUGAGUCACCUUGGUUCCUCUCUCGUCCUUCCCUUCCCCAUCUCCGUGGCGUAGAGAAGGGAAUGGCUGACCUGUCCCUUCGCAUCCUCCAGCGGGUCAUCCGGAAAUCCUGGUUGGUAAGGUGCAGCGAGCAGGCAGAAGGUGACAGGUUGGCGGCGCAAGACAGUGCCAAGGUCAAGCCACCUUCAGUGUCUCCGUCAGUCCUGAGGAGGAAGACAAUCAAGAGGCACCACCGGCAGCCAGAUCCAUCGGCGUGGACGUGCUUGCCUCUGGAGCCCCACGGCGAGCUGACGGAGGAGCAGCUGCGGGCCCUGGCCGAGGAGGGCGGGGACCGUGAGGCGCGCUUCCUGGGCAUCAGUGAGAAGCUUUGCUCUUAUGGCAUCGGGAUUAACUGCAACAACAGGAAGCUCUCUGGGCCCAUCAAGACCCACUAUGGGCCUCCCCCGAAGCACGUGGCCAUUCCCUCAAACUCCUACGGCGUUCCUCUCCCCAAGCCCUCAAGCUCCUACGGCGUCCCUGCACCCAAGCCCUCAGGCACCUAUGGCGGCUACCCCCCACCCCCGUACCCCAACAGGAAGCACCAGUACACCCCAACGAAGGCCGCAUCCUUUUCCCCCUUCAAGGGCAUCAUAUCCGCCCUGGAGCCUUACCUCCCGGGCAGCACCAAGCCCAAAUACCCCUCCAAAGACAACCACGGACUCCUUGGCUCCUCCUACACCGCCCCUAACCCCACCUACGCCCCUCUGCUCCCCUCCUACCACCCCGCCACGCCCAAGCCCGCCUACGUGGCGCCUAGGCCUUAUGUAGUGCCCGCCAAGCCCGUGCACCUGGCCCAGAAGGUGGACUACGUGGCACCCAAGCCAGCCUACGUGAACCCCGUGCACACGUACACCGUGACGGUGAAGGAGUCCGUGCAGCCCACCAUUGUGGAGCACCACUCCCACACCCACACCCACGUGUACAAGGACGACGCAGCCAACGCCGCCCACCACCACGACGACCCCUACUAUAUCCAGGGAUCCCAGCAGGUCUUCAAGCGCCAGGAGUCAUCCGUCAAGCCCCACGGCGCAAACAACAUCCAGGACCUUCUCAGCCAAGAUCACCAGCGCCACGAGACUCGCGUGCGCGUCACCAGCAGCGUCUCCUCCUCGCAGGGCACUCACGUCACCCAGCCGCAAAACUUCCGGCCAGGCAAGAUCGAGCAGGGCUUCAAGCCCAUGAACACGGUGCCCGACACCCUCUUCCGCUCACACGCUGACCCCAUCUACCGCGAGGACUGCCAGUGUGUGUCGGUGUCCUUCUGCGCCGCCCACGACGUGGUGCUGCCCUUCACCAGCGACAUCAGACAGUUCCUGGACGCCCGCAACCAAGAAUCUGACAUCCUGUCCAACGCCACGGAGACAGACCAGGUCCAGGAACAACCCGCCACGGAGGAGCCGCAGCAGAGCGCCGUCAGGCGAGGCCGCGUGCUGGGUCUGUCUGCCGAGAGGGUGUACGUCAGCGGCGCCAACGAGACCACUAACGACACUGCCUUGGACGAGACCGUGGCGGAGACGGUGACGGAGCAGCCCCUGACUGAGGAGGUGGAGACCGAGACCGAGGAGGGUGUGACCGAGGAGGCUGUGACCGAGGCCACCCCGACUGAGGAAGAGUCCCGCGUCAGGAGGGACGUGGAGGCUGAGGAGCCCGUGGAGGAGACUGCGGAAGACACACCUUCGCCUGCGCCUGCUGCCGCCAUUCCCCGUCAAGGACGCCAGUUGACCGGCUUCACCCCCGAGGGGGGCGGCACCUGCGGCUUCGACCAUGUGUGCUGCCGCCGCCCAGUGUUCCGCUCCGCCGCGCGCGAGGAGCCGCACCGGUACUCCUGUGGCCGCCGCAACGCCAAGGGACUUCUGGGCCGCGUCAAGAACCCCAGCGUGGUGUUCUCUGAGGGAGACACGGAGUUCGGCGAGUACCCGUGGCAAGCGGCCAUCCUCAAGCGGAAGGACAGGGACAUGAUGUACGUGUGCGGCGCCGCGCUGAUCCACAGCAGAUACGUGCUGACGGCGGCUCACUGCGUGGACGGCCUGAACCCUGCCGACCUCAAGGUUCGCUUGGGCGAAUGGGACGUGUCCGCCAAGUCUGAGUUCUACAAGCACCUUGAGAUGCGCGUCACGGGACUCUACACUCACCCUGAUUUCUACGCCGGUAACCUCAACAACGACCUGGCGGUGCUGCGCCUCGAGAGCCACGUGGACUUCGCCAACAACCCGCACAUCACGCCCAUCUGUCUGCCGGAGGAGGGUGCACAGUUCCACCAGCGGUGCCACGCCACGGGCUGGGGCAAGGACGCCUUCGGCACCGAGGGAGAGUUCAGCCACGUGCUGAAGGAGGUGGAGGUGCCGGUGCUCGCCAGCAGGGAGUGCACGCAGAGGCUCAGGCAGACCAGGCUUGGGGCCACCUUCAGGCUGUCCCAGGGGGCGCUGUGUGCCGGGGGCGAGGAGGGGCGCGACACCUGCCAAGGGGACGGCGGCGGCGCCCUGGUGUGUAAGGGCCACGACGGCGCCUUUCAGCUGGCCGGCCUCGUGUCCUGGGGCCUCGGGUGCGGGCGCGCGGGCGUGCCAGGAGUGUACGUGGACGUGGCUCACUACGCCCACUGGAUCCACGACAUCACCGAGGCACACUAACACCUCCCUUUCCCUCCCCUCCACACCCAGGCGUGCCCUGGUGACACUGUAAGCAUACAUUAUGCAGCUUUCUUGUGUGUUACGCGUCCUGUGAAGCUUGACUGGCUGUCUGCCAUAUGUAUUUUUGUUGUCCUUUACUAUUUAAUUUAAUACAGCGUUACGUCAGCA